GCUUCUUUUAAAUGUGAUAAAGUCCACAUGGAGCCAUGGACACCAAAAGAAGAGCCUGUCUAAGUCUGAGAGAGUAGAGAAAGAAUUGUAGAGAGAUAUUGAGAUACAGUACUGAGGAGAUGUCUGGCUGGCAGUUUUCAUUUCCUCCCUCCAGGACUUGUCUCUGGGAUGGGACUCCUCUGGACUCUCCCUGUGAGCUCUACCUCACCAGGAACAGUUGGCUGCAUAUACGUAUCUCAACUGCCACCCUCCAGUUGGCCGUACGCCAUGCCAAGCAGAGUCGACGAAAGAUCUUUGACUGUUUUCUCAUUGCCACAGCGUGGAUCACUGAAGGUGAAGGUGUUGCCCUUGAAGUGGACAGGUUUGAUCCGGGACGGCCUCUGUCUGGUGGGAGUGGCUUAUCACCCACCACCCUCAUCCCCGGUGAUGUACCCAUCUCCUCUCAAAUUGCAGUCCAGUCUCACCCUGAUGCCAAACACCUUACUCACAAUCUGGAGACACUCAGACAGUCCAUAGCCACAGUGAAGCAGACGCUGACCUCUCACACCACCACCCUUGACCCCAGCCUCAUAUUAUCAUUGAGAAUCCACUGCUCAUGCUCAGAAAACGGGAGCCUUGAUGUGGAGUGUGCUUGUGUGUAUCCGGGGGUGGUAAUCGAGGCCACACCAAUUCAGCCCAUCACAAUAGUGCAGACAGCCCUGGCGAGGAAUUUGAGUGGUCCUCUGUCACUCUCUGCCAUUCAGGGGAAGACCAAGCACGGCUAUGUCACUAUGGAGGCCUCUAGAAAACUCGUUUUGCUGUUGCACUCAGAUCCCAAAUCAGCAACUCUACCGCUUGUUGGAGUGUGGGUGAGUGGUGUGAGCUCUAUCUACCAUCCUGUGGUGUGGAUGGCUUGUGUGAUGUACGCCCACUCCACUGCCCUCACAGACCGUGUGUGGGGUGAGGGUGGGAGCUUUGUGACGCUCGUGUAUUUACAAGGAUCCACUACACCACUGUUCUCUCAGUGCAUGUUGAAGGGUGGUGGGAGAGUAGACGAGUACGUGGAAUUAGCCAAUGGAGAGAAUUCUCUACCAGAGACCUCAACUUCUGCUGUAUUGUCGUUUGAUCUGUACCCUGCACAAGAGUCGACAGCACUGUACACACUGUUGGAGACGGUGGCUACCAGGUCAGAGGGCACCUCCUCUGGGCAGCAAACUAGCGUGUCAUACGACCUUAUGCCUCUCCCCUCCCCUCAGCCUACCCCUACACAGGUACCCCCCAAGUUGGCCAGAGAUAGUGAUCUCUCUAUGGUCUCUUGUCUGAGUCUCUCUGAUGAAGGACAGUCAUCGGUUGUACUCACUAGCCCUGUUACUUCCAAUUCACAUAAUUCCUCGAGUCAACUAAUGGAUAACAAAGAAAACACACCGGCCGAUCAUCCAAUAACUGGUGGAAGCAACGAGGGAACCCCUACUAAUCAGUCCCUAACGAGCAGUGGGAGUCAAUCUGAAGAGAGUUUAAUAGUGUUCCCUGACAAGCUGGGUUUUCAGAUGACUCCACGUUCCAUCGACACAAGGAGGCUAUUGAAACAGCAGGAGAUGCAAUUGAGAGCUCUACAAGAACAGGUGAACACACUGCUCCAAGCUCAGUCGCCUGCCUCCCAAUCGCUUAACACUACUCCAAAGAUGGAAGCCUCGACAAGCACCGGUGAGAGUCUCUACUGGCCGCAUCAUUCCUCCACACCAUCACAGCCCUCCCUCUUCACACCCACACGGUCCACCCACUCCACACCAUCACAGCCUCACACCCGCACGAGCAUGGAGAGAGAGGAGAGUAUGUGCUCUAGCAAUGUGUCCGGACUCAGUGUGGAAACUGCCACUAGUACUCUAUCCCACAACGCCUCUGAUAUGCACCUUGAUCUACAGAGCUACGCUCAGUCCCCGUCUCCUUCUCAAUCUCACAGUUUUGGGGACAGUGCCAGUAUGGUGGGUGAGCCACUACACAGGAACUCGCAACAGCUCUAUCAAAACAUGCUGUCAACUGUAAAUGCUUUGCUGGAUUAUCAAGACAAUGACACUCCUUCAAGGGAUCAAGCAUCCUCGAUACCAGUGUGUCACACUUCAACCCACCACUCAAUCGUCUCAAACCAGGAGCAACAGGAAAUUCCCCCGCACAGCUUUGCAUCUUCCAUUAGCAGUCAGUCUGUCAGCCAGUAUUCAUCACACAGCAGCUAUAACAUGCAAAACGUCCAAAGUUUGAACGAGCUGAGUAACCUCUCAAAUUCAACGACACAAUCAUCGCAUGUUUCACAUACAUCGAGUACCCUCUCACAUCAGGAAUCCUCUAUAGAACUUCCCUACCUCCAUCCAGAUGUGCUGCAACAACAUUACAGCACUGAGAUCUCCUUACUACCUGUGCCGAGAAUUGUGGGCCCUGUACCGAAUAACAACUCAACUCUAGACACUGCUGCUGCAUACCCGAGAAGUAUGGCCAGCUCUGACACUACAUUAGAUGAGAACAUGCAGCUGGCUGAUAUGAUAGCCAUGAAGUACCUUGGUGCAGUAGGGCCACAGGACACUCGAUAUCGCUCCAGACAGCCACUCCUAGCUCAAGGUGAUGAUAGUGCCCUGGAUACAGACUCUGCUCACAUGAGCAUGGCUACUCAGCAGUACCUACAGCGACACCAUCUCUUGGCCAGCAAUGGAAGCAAGCCACCCCACAACACACUCUACAAAGAGGCCACCCAUACACAAGACUCACCAGACAAUAUUCUCAACAUCAAAAGACUAAAACAAUUGCCCAAACUCAUAUGAACCUAUAUAGAUCUACAUGUACUGUCAUUAUUUUGGUGUUUUCAUUGAAAUAAUUGUCAUAUAAAAAACAUCGUGAUUAAAUCAA